ACUUACUGGUGUUGUGUGUUUGUAGUUAGAUUACAAAAGUGAACUUUUGAAAUGUUUUUAAAAUAAACCAGUAUUAUCUAAACUAAUAUCAAAUAAAAAAAAUCCGUAUUUCUUCUUUACUACCAACUUUAUACCAUUUUAUUAUUAAGUGUCAUGAAACAAAAUAUUUUUUUCUGUGGAUGAUUGGGCCCUGACUUCAUAACUUGUUUUAUUCUACAUUUGUUUUAUGACUAUUACUAUCAAUCUCCGACUUUUGUUAGAUGUUUUAAAAAUAAUGCUCUAGACCGUGUCGUGUUUAAAACAAAUUGAAAUAAUUAAGUGCUUCAGACUCAAGUGUCAAUAUGAAAAAUGUACUCAGUGUAUUCAGGACGAAUUGCUAUUUUUUAAUAGUGUUAUCGCAACUACGUUGUAGUACUUAGUGGAUUCAAGUUUUGAGAAGAAAUAGAGUAUGAGGGGGCAAAGGUAAAGUGCCAAGCAGUCACCACCGUGGAGCAUCUGGUGGGAGGCGGUGGCGCGGGUGGCCUGCUGCCCGGCGCCUCGCCCGCCCAGCAUCCACCUAAUAUGCUGCAGCCAAUGGAAGAAAUGAUUCUUCCACCUAAACGUCAAGCUGUUGUUGACAGACUAAGGCGAAGAAUAGAAACGUAUAGAAGACGUCAGUCGGAAUGCGUGCCAAGAUUCGACCAGUCAUUCAGUGGAGCUUGCGAACAGCAGAAUCUUGAGACGAGCGCGCUCCAAAAACGUUUUCUGGAGGGCAAGGCCAAGCGACAGGCGAAGAAGACUGACCGGAAGCCCGACCUGCCUGCCAUUAGCAGCAAUCUGCACAGCAGCGUGCAUGUGAGCUGUCAACAAAAAUUCGGUUGUGGUGAUUACGAGCCACCAGCUAAAUUACAAUGUGGUGGUAAUAACAAUACCGGAAGUGGAGCUGGCGAAGGGCUAACUAAGUUUUCUGUUGAAAUAGUCCAGCAGCUCGAAUUUACCACCUCCGCAGCGGACUCGCAACCGCAACAGAUCUCUACGAACGUGACAGUGAAAGCGCUCGCCAACGCGGUGAAAACAUCCGGCUCGCCGCCGCCGCAGCAACCUCCGCGCGUACCGUCCCCCUUAGAUUGCGAGCGGGAAUGCAAAGCCGAAUGCAAAUCGGAGGUGGCCGACGACGAAUUCGUCGGUCUCGACGAGUGUGCGGCGGCUCUGGAACGAGAUGCCGCCUCAGCGUUCCCAGGUCUUGCCGAUCUCAUCGGCGAGGACGACGGAGAUGACGCAUUCGAAUACCUCAUCACUGAAAUAUCCGAGUAUCCCGAGCUCAUGAAAGACUUUGAUCUUGAUGGCGGGAAAGUUAAUGGAGGAGGCGGAAUGGGUAAUCACGAACCGCCGGAAGGUGAACCUGCACCCCGACCCUAUGGUGGAGGCGAAAUGUCUCCCGCAGCGCAGACGCUGAAACAUAUGGCAGAGCAACAUCAGCAGGCUGCAGGAGGGGACUGGGCGCGCUACCGUGGCUACGGAGGAUAUCGGCCUCGACCUACACAGCCUCCCAUGGAACAUCUACACAUGUCUCAACAGCAGCAGCUCCAUCUCUCACAACCGCAUCACAAUUUGCAAGUGUCCGCAGCGCAACAUAUGCAAGUGAGCGGCGCGGGCGGCGGUCACGUGUCAGCGGCGGCGCAGCAGGGCAUGUAUGCCUCCUUCCAGCACCAAGGCACUCCAUCUCCACAGCAUCAUCAAGGUAACGGGUGCGACUCGUACUCGGUGUCUCAGUCGCAGAGCAUUAACUUUUCUCCAUCGAUGCGACCGCGGCCGACCGGGCCUCCGCAGCAGAACCAAGGACCUGGACAGGGACCAACGCUGGGGAUAGCAGCGGCUGGGAUAUCGCGCGAGCAGCAAGCCAAACUGCUGCAACAACAGCAGCAGCAGAUGUUGCGCGCACAGCAGCAGCAGAUGCGGCCCCCGCCGCCGGAGUACAAGGCGCGCUUCGCAGGCGCGCCCGCCGGCCCGCGCCGCCCCGCCGCGCCCGCGCCGCGCGCCUUCGCGCCGCACGCCCGCCAGUACGCGCCCGACUGGCGGCACGUGCUCAUACAGCAGCAGACCGCCAGGCAGCAGUUCCCGCACCACCACCAAGGCUUCAAUAUGGGUGGUAUGGGGGGUAUGGGCAAUGUGGGCGGAGUGAGCAGUAUGGCACAGCAACAGCAGUUACAAAUGCAGCAGGCGCGUCUGCAGCAACAGCAGCAACUAAUGCAGCAUCAACAGCAAAGGGCAUCAAAUCAGCAACAGUCUUCAAUGUCACAUCUAAUUAUGCAACAAAAUCAAAUGAUGAGCGUGCAAGGACAGAUGCCAAACAUCCACAUGUCGCAGUCGCAGAGCAUGAGCAUGCAGCAGGCCGGCAUGGGCGGCCUCAGUGCGCACGCGCCCAUGCAGCCCAUGCAGCCCACUCAGCAGCCCAUGCACGCGCAGACCAACGCCAUGCAGAACUCCAUCAUGUCUCAGAACGGACCCAUGCAGGGCAACGGAAACAACCCUCACCAUUUCUCCUCCCUUCACUCGGCGUCUUCCUUCACCGGACAAACUGCAGACUUCAAUCUCGACUUCCUCGAUAACAUGCCUUCCACGGACGCCAGCAAUCUCACCGCUCAGGAGUUGCUCAACUCGCUGGACAACUCCUUCCUCAACGAUAUCCUAUGAGUGGCUCGAUAGGAUGCCCGAUCGAAUGCCGAUGAACCCGGCAUGCGGUCGAUCGAUGUCUUGUCAUUUUCUCUCAUUGUCGUCGAUGUCCUCAUAUUACAUUAACUCGCGACCAACGUGCAACUAAUUGUGACCAAAGUUUUCAACCAGAUAACGUGGCGCCGCCGCGGUUCUUCCGAUGUUUUUUAAACAUUUCUGAUACGUUGUUUUAUAUAAACUAUAUUUAUUCUAAAAGAAUUCCAUUUCUUAGAGUUUAUAGUUUUUAUGGUUGUUCAUGCAUAGUUCGUUUGUAAAAAUAUUGUAUAGUAAGGUUGUUUAUAGAAUAUUAAAAUAAUUAAAAUUAGUAGCGGAAUAUUCUCACAUGACUUAAUUUUAUCUUUGUGAGAUAUUUAAUUUCCUCAUUUUUUGCGAAGUAGUCUUUAUAUACUAUGUAUAUUUAUUACAAAUAUUAAUAUAAGUAAAUAGCACAAAAGACAUUUCAACGAUUUUAUUUACACGCUUAUAAAUUUAUUUAUCGAAAUGGCGACAUAAAUUGGGGCAAUACAUUUAUAACGUCUGUAAUAUUAUAAUAGAGGUAAAUUGACAUUACAAUAUAGUUUAUUGUUUUCUGGACCUCCAUUUAAAACCUUGCUGAUAAUCUUUCGUCACUAAGCAGGCGCUGAGUUAUUGGAAUUGUGUUUGUAAUUAUUUAUACGAUUGAUGUCUCUUCAGUCGGGUUCAAGAUUGUUAGCGAGGUUUCAUUUUCCGCCUGUGAACGACCCAAUCUAUUUUAAUUUAUAGUGCAAAUGUAAAUUUUAUUAAUUAAGUUUAUUUUAAGGUCAUUCCUGUACCUAAGAUGUAAUUAGUAGAUUAUACUGUGAUGUCGGUCUCAAUGGUCUAUAGGUUAAAAUAGAAUCAAUUAUUAUGAAUAGAAUAUUGUUAUUGUUAAGGAUCUCAUGUAUCACAUAGGGUUUGUGGGAUUCUGGAAUAUUCAGAAUGUUGGUUUCUUUUUUACCUUUAUUCAACAAGUUCUGUCAAUAUGUUAUUAAAUUUAACUUAUCGUAUACAUAUGUAUAUUAUACAUUAUGAACAUUUUACAAUUUUAGAUGGCAUUAAAAUUUAUAUUCUAAUUAAAAAAGCAUAGCUAAAUAAGAAAAAAAC